AAACAAACGGAUGAAACUUGACAUGAGAAUCCCUUGGUGGAGUGGCAGGCUCGAGGUGAUCUGCACGGGAAAAAGGCAAAAAUGACAGAGGAAUCAACAUGUGGCACCUGUUUUGCGUGCCAGCGGAUUCUAGGGGAAAGUCGCAGUGUGAAAGGAAGUGCUCGUCUCAAACACUCAAACAAAUUAGUGAAUGAAGCCAUCUCUGAUAUUGUGAAUGAAACAGUUUCAGCUCCCAAAUUGUGCUUUAGAUGUUAUAGAUUAGUUUUAGGUAUUGAUUAUCAUCAACAUGAAUUUCAUAGGUUAAUGCAAUCUUUCAUAAAGAUAUUUAAUGAAAAGAAUAAGGCUGUGGGAAGUGUUAAUGCAAAGAAAUCCAUGAUAGUUGAUAACAAAUCACCUUUGUUGUGUUCUGAAAUAAUACAGGCUGGAGCAAAAUCAGAAGAUUCAUGUAAAGAUGUUAAUAUUGCUCUGAGUAAUGAUAAUGAUGAAGUUAAGAUUAUAGAUCCUGUCCUGGAGUCAGUUCAAUUAGAAUUUUUGGAGUAUGACUCUAGAGAAGUAGUACCCUACAUUCAUUCAGCUAUAGGAAAUCAUGAUGAAACUAUAAGAGAAGAGAGUGAAAGAGAGUAUGGACAAGGAAAAUUUAAUACCCCAAGUUUUAGUAGCAGUGAAAGAGAUUUCAAGAGAGGUCAGUUGGAUGAAGUGGAUUUAGCUGGGAUAUUAACACAGUCAAGAAGAAGAUUGAAAGUGCCCAAAAAAUAUGAUGAUUAUGAGUAUUACCCAGAAAACUACAGUCAACAAAAGAAUGAACCAGAAGUGAAGGAACAGCAAGAGGAAUCUUGUGAUGGUAGUCCUCCCUUCAAGUGUAGUCUUUGCCAAAAUUUCUUCAGCACUAAGAAAUCUUAUAGCUGUCAUGAAUGCUUCAAAAAAGAGAAAGAAGAUAUUACAUACAGGUGCAAAGGUUGCCAAGAGAUAUUUUCUGUCAGACGGGAUUACAUCAAGCAUAUUGACUUGUGCUACAAAAAUGUUCCCGUUGAGUGUCAUCUGUGUUUGAGCAAACUACAAAGUGCAGCUUAUCUUCCAAGACACAUUGAAUCAUUUCACAAAGGAUCUCCUGUCAAUAAGAAGAAUACUCUUUGUGAGCACUGUGGGAGGGGUUUUAGCCGAAAGGAAGCGUUGGAACGGCACCAGGCACAAGCCCACGGCCUGGCUCAUGGGACCCACCAGUGCCCUCAGUGUGGUCGUACUUUCCUCCACACGUCCCUUCUAGCAGAGCACAUGAGAGCACAUAAGGGAUAUACCUGUGCUAUCUGUAGUAAGAUCUUCAGUUGUAUGUCAAACCUCAAAUUACACAAGAAGGCACACCAUCAGAAAGUUACCUCAUAUAAGUGUUCUGGUUGUAAUAAGUCCUGGAAGUUUCAUGCAAGUUACACAUAUCAUAUGCGUAAGGUUCAUGGGUCAUUACUUCUAAAGUGCUUAGCAUGCAAAGAGCGCUUUUCAACCCAAGCUGAACUGGAGCUUCAUAAAGAAACAUGCAAGUCUAAGCCUAGUCAAGGAAGCACAAAGGAAGGUUCUGCCAGUGAAGAAAAAAAUGUUACGAAGGAGACUGAUUCAGAUUCAGCAUGCCAUUCAUCAAAGCUUUCACCGAAUGAAACUCUCGGAAAGAGGGGUCAAGGAACCAAAAUUGUAGACUCAGACAAUGGUUCUCCCUCAGUCUGCAAUAAACAGAAAGUGAGCCAUGGAACGGCAAAAAAAUAUGAUGCAAGAGGAGGCAAAAAUAGGCACAACUAUUCACAAUCUCAAAACACUUUGAACCUAAAUGUACAACCUGGGAAAGAGACACAUGCUUUGCUGGAAACAAGAAGUCUCACCGUUGAAGUAAAUGAUGUUCCUAAUAAACCUAAAGAUGAAUUAUUGCUAGUGCCACAAAUGCCGCAGGGAGAACAGGUCAUAUACGAAGUUGGGGAACAAGAAUCCAUUGAGCCGCCAUCAGAUAAUAUUAUUGUAGAAACACUUGAUGAUCUAACAAAUGAUUGCCAUUAUGUUAUUCUUGUAGAUGAAAUGGAUUAAGGUGCUGCAUAUUUUAAGUGAUAUUCUGCCUUUAUAAUGUCUUCCAUAAAGACAUUUAUCCUGAAUGAAACACACUAUGCAUACAUCUUUUACCAUCUUCCUACUGAAAUGUAACAUUGAUAUGUAAAUACAAUUAUGUAAUAUAGUGCCCUUCAAAGUUAAAGAACCAGUUAUUCUUGAUAUUACUUUUCAGUGUUGUAUUAGCACUGUUAUGUUGCUUUUGUUGCAAUUUCUACAUUAUUGGUAAUCUUUCUCAUUAAAUCUACUUUUAGCAGUAUGUGUGUCACUACAUCACAGUGAAGUCACAAUUGAGGAAGGUAAAGAGGCAUGAUGAACAAACAUUUAACAAAGCAAAAUGUAUCAAGGCAUCUUAUUUUACAUAUAACAUUAUUUAUGCAUUUUUUGUUCAUGAGUUCUUUAAGAAUUACCUUCUCAACCAGGCAAAUGGAGUUUUCUAUUAACAGAUACAGAUUUUUAUUUUUUGAUACUGUUUAACUUUAAACCUAAAUAACACAUGCCUCUAAAUAUUUUUGUUGCUUAAGAACAAAAUGUAGUACUUAACAUAUCUAGAUAUACAUAUGCUCAGGCCAUUUUGCUUGCCUUGAAUAAUUUUUUUAGUGUUCUGCAAAUAUACAUAUUCUAUAAGAAAUUGUUUGAAGAAGUUGACCAGUGCUGUUUCUUAUAAGAGUAUUUUUCCUUUCUUUUCUUUCUGAUAGCACCUAAGAUUCAACCUUGCUUUUGAGUGAGCAAGGUUCAUGUUAUUAUUUAAGAUGCCCCUAACAUUGCUCUUUAAGGCAAUAAGAAAAUGUUAUUACAGUGGGCAGGUGCCACAAUCAAAUUAGUCAUUAACAAUAUCAUUCAGUGAAAAAUGUGUUCAGAUAUCUGAAAAUCUUGACAUUUUAGGUGUAUUAUUGUUAAAUGCUGCUAUUUACAAAGACUCUCUGUUAUAUUCUAGGAGAGUUUGUUUUCAUGAUUUCAGGCUCUGAUAAUCUUUUAUAAUGUUUAUCUAUGUUAUGUAUUUAGUUUUUUCAGAAUUUUGGUAUAUAUAAUAGUUCUUGUUUUUAACAUUAGAUUAGAUAUAAUGCUUUAUAUAUGUAUGUAAUCAUUUUUUUCUAGUGGAAAUGGCAGCAUGUGUAUGACAAAUCCUUGGUCCUUUGAUCUGAAUGUGGUUAAAUAAAUUAGCAAGUUGCAAAAUACUCAGAAUAAUUGCCUUUAGUAUGGACCAGAAGUGUCACCCAAGGAUAGAGAAAUAGUGAGUGAUUCUAUCCGUUUUUGAUACAGCUGCAUUUUGAGGUUAUUAGUUUAAAACUCAAUACUUGUAUUUUUUUAACAGGUUAUUUUCAGUAAAGCAGCUAGAUUCCUGUCACAUUAAGGAGUGCGUAAUCUGUUUAAUAGAUAUUAUAUAACUUUAAAUGCUCCAUUCAUUUCUUGUUUGUUUUAUGAGUAACAUCAAAAGAUUAUGAGUAUCUAUACUCACAAGGUUCCUUCACGUAAGCUAACAGGGUUGUAAUCUGUGCCAAAAAAGUAACUUAAUUUGUUUUAUAGAUGUAUAUGUUAAGUAAAGUGUGUUCAGUCUGGAUAUAUAGGAGGCCAUGUCAUGGUUUGGUAGUGCCAUAGUGACAUUGUUUUCACCACACACCAUCACUCGAUGUCUAACCUGAUAACAUUUCAUCAUAAAACUUUAAUCCACUGCCACUGGGAAAAUGUAGUAUUCACUGUAGUAUUGUUUUGUGAAAUGUCUCUGCACAUAGAUGGCUCCAUAAGUGCUUAGCAACCAAGUUGUCAGUUAGUUGACUUUGUGACCUCACUUGAUUUCACUUUUCAUCAAUAUUGAUACUGUUGUUAUUAGAGACAUUAUAAUUAAAAUAAUAUUAGUGACAUUACUACCAGCAAUAUAAGAUAAAAGAACAUAUUUCCUAAAUGAGAUAGUACUAGUAAUUGGCUAAUUGGUGAGCCAUCUAUGUAAACAGACAAUUAAUAAACUAAAUGCACUGUGGGCUUGGCAUGUUCAUACGGCUUCAGAUUAAGGCCUUUAAUUCUGCAUUUAUUUUGCAUUACGAGUAUACCUCUCUAUAAUUGUGAAUGAGCCUCUAAAAAAGAUGAAAGCUAAGGAGAGGCCAUAGACAUAAAAUGAGAGCUAUCAUAUCAAGAAUAAAGUACAUCUAAGACAAAAGAUUAUUAUAGUUAGUAUUCAGUAUCAAUGAUAGAACUAAAGUAGUUUUUUAAAUGAAAGAAUUUGUAAUUGUAUAGGCUUCAUUCACACCCUUCCCUCUGAACAUGAUUACUGAUCAGCUGAUCAGUGAUUAAGCACUUACCCAAUGGAGGGUGACUUAGUGCUACCACAAAAAUAGCAAAUCCAACUAUUGUCAAAAUUUUCAGUCACAUGUGACAUUAUAAAUGAUUAAUAUCAAAAACUUGAUUUUAAAUUAAUAAGCUAAAGUCGAGAAGAAGCAAAUACCAUCACUAUAAUUAGUUGUCAGAUAUUAUUAUUCUUACCAACUGCAAUACAUCCCUGUCACUCAUGAUUCAUUAUCAUCAUUGGUGAGCCUAUGCUGGUGGGGGCUCAUAGCUGCAUCCACCCUUUGCUUUCACCUAGGGUCCCUCAUGGCGAACUGCCAGGUAGGGGCCUGGCCCAUUUCUAGCUCUUCAUGACAGGUUUGAUUGAUCUGCCCAAGCCAUGACUUCCUAGGUCCUCCACCCAGGCUUGUCUUAAACAGAAACAACCUGGUGGACAAGAUCAUCCUGUGGGAAACAAAUCAGGUGGCCGUAUAGCCUGAGUUGUGCAAGUAACAGGUCCUGUACCAGUCUCACAGUGCAAUCACUGGUUGGACACAUGGUCCUGCCAACUGUACCUCAUGAUCUGGUGCAAGGACCUGUUACAAAAGGCAUUAAGAUGAGAUUGCAAAGCACAAGAUAACAUUCAGGUGUCAGGUAUAGUAAAACUGUGACCCCCUGCUGCCAGGCCAAUCUGUCUACUGACUUCUUGGUCUGACAGCCUAGAGUCAUGAACUGCACUACCGAGGUACAUAAAGCUCUCUGUGACCUCGAUGUUCUUGCUGCAAUCACGUACCGACUGAACAAGAUCUUCUAGCAGGCCCCCAAAGUCCUGGAUCUUGGUCUUGAUCCAGGAGACCUCUAGCCCAAGGGGCUUCACUUCAUUGUUAAAUGCAUCAAGAGCUGCCACUAGGGCUUAUAGAGACUCAGAAAGAAUAGCAUCAUCAUCAGCAAAGUCAAGGUCUGUAACCUUGAUAUUGCCCAGAGUUGCUCCACAGUGACAUUGGACAGUAGCUCUACCCAGUAUAUAGUCCAUGCAAGUGUUGAAUAGUAUUGGUGCAAGAACACUUGACAAACCCCACCACACUUUGCAGCACUUUCAGUACCAGUAUACAGGCUUGCUAUUAAUCCAAUAAUCCUUGUUGGAAUUCCUCUCAGUCUAAGGAUCUCCCAGAGUGACCUGAGCAAACAGUAACCUUGAGCAUGCAGCCCAUGCCUGAACUCAAAGUGGGGCUCUACAGUGACUCGAAGCAUCAGGAUAUGGUCUAUUUUGGACUUACCAGGAGUGAAUCCAGAUUGCUCCAGCAUCUGGUGCCUCAGCAGGUGGUCUCUAAUGUCUUAGAAGGAUGUGAGCAAGAACCUUGUCCAGUAUACUGAGUAGUGUAAUGCCUCAGUGAUUGCUGCAGUCCCACCAACCCCCUUUCCUCUUCCAGAGAGGGAUGACCACACCCCUCAGCAGGUUAGGGGGAAUGGUACCAGUCUACCAGAUGGCAGGCAGGACAGCAUGCCAGCCCCUUGCCAUAGGUUCUCCAACAGCCUUUAACAGUUCAACUAGGAUGCUGCAGAUACCUGCUGCUUUACCACUCUUCAACUUGGAGAUCGUCCCCCUGAUUUGAGUCAGGGAGGGUGGAUCCUCUCUGAUGAGUAGGUCUGGCAAAGGAAUCUCGACACUACCCGCAUCCAAGUUAAUUGUUGGUGGAUCACCUUGGUACAACUGCUCAAAAUUCUCAGACCAAAGCACCUGCACCCCAACAGGAUCUGAGAUUAUCUGGCCACUUGCUGAGCAGACUGCAGUUAUCUGUGAAGAGGGCUUGGAGUUCAGCUUUCUCAGGGCUUGGUAGGCAGAACAAAGGUCAUUUUACUAGGAAAUGGUUUUCCAGAUUCCUGAUAAACUGUUCCUUGUCCCUUCUCAGCAGUGACCUUGUCCUGCACACCAAGGAACGAUGGCUAGACAUCCAGAUUGAAUGCACUAUAGAAAUUACUAUUACAAAGUAGAAAUUCCCAGUUUCCAAAAGGUUAUGUAUUUUUUCUGGUACAGAGGUGCAAAAUAUUGUUCAGCAGUUGAACAUUCAGAUACUUUUGACAUAGUGUCUCUUUUGUGAGAAUGAUUGCUGUGACUUAUUUAUAGGAGAGGAAAGAUAUAUUAUUACUUUUUGCUACCAUGUGUGGAUAUUAAGUAAAAGAGGAAAUAUCA